UAACCUCCGUUGAUUCACGACAACACAACACGAAAAAAACCAAACGAGCAGACAUGGCCACUAAGAUAGCUGCAUCUGUUUUAAUGACAGUCUUCGCAUCUGUCUUCGCUAGACCCGAUGGAUACGGGGACGGGCAAAAUUCCGCACUUAUGCCCUAUCAGUUUGGGUAUAAUGUCAACGAUGCCUACCAAGGACUAGACUUCGGGCACCAAGAAAAUUCCGACGGCAACGCCGUCUACGGAUCCUACACCGUCCAACUUCCUGAUGGCCGUAAACAGAACGUUGAAUACAGAGCUGAUCAUCAAGCAGGGUAUGUGGCUAAGGUCAACUACGUAGGUCAAGCUCAACAUCCUCAAACUUACGGACCGGCCAUUACUUUUAGACCAUCCGGGGGCAGUGGUGGUAAGGGAGGCAGCGGAUUCGGACAAGGCGGAAAUGCAGGAGGCUACGGAGGCAGUGGAUUUGGACAAGGCGGUUCUGGUUUCGGACAAGGUGGUGCUGGAUUUGGUCAGGGUGGCAGCGGAUUUGGACAAGGUGGCUCAGGAUAUGGCAGCGGCGGAUUUGGGCAGAGCGGUAGUGGAGUUGGAGUAGGUGGAUCCGGAUAUGGCCGCUAAAUAUGAGUGACCAAUAAUUAAGUCUGCAGUCUAAUGAAUAAGCAAUAAAUUAUUUCAAAUGAUAAACA